UCUCAUUGGAUCCGUUUUAUCCGCGAGUGUCUCGUGAAGUGCGAGAGUGGGAGGAGAAUUUCCAGCAACGCAGGAUAUCAAAAAUAAACCCCCUCAUGUCAGGGAAGAGCAGAAAGUAUAAAUACCCCCGAAGUGUCCAGACUGCAGCGGUGCUGGUGAGUGGCACAACAAGGCUUGGAUAGAUUAGAAACGACAACUCAAAACAGACUGAAGUUUAAAACUAGUCAAACUUCGAUGACCCAGACUGGCUCUACAGCACUGAAAUCACUUUCGAUUUGUAAAGAUUCAAGAGGACUCUCUUUUGAUUGGAGACGACGCUCAACUUACCAAACAGAUCAAGGACAUAUACUGAAAUAAAUUGUUUAUUUUUGCGACUCUUGAUUGCACUUCAAGUUGCAGAAGAUGUGUUCCACUUUGUGUUGUUUCUUUUUAUUCCUGUGCGUAAUACACGCGACACUUUCCACGCCAUUUGAAUCAGAGGAUGUUGUACCUGUGCGGAUAAAUGGAAGAAUUAGAGGUCGAUUUUGGAAAAGAAGCGAGGAACAGCCGACAUUUAUCCUUAGCGCAUUUGGCAAGGACAUGACUAUAAAUCUCAUUCCAGACACUAGUUUCAUCGCACCUUCCUUCACCAUACAGCGCAUCAAAGCCAGAGAUGUUGGCGCUUUACGCAGCGCUUCAGGUGUCCGACCUGCCGCGGCUCUCCAGGGUUUGAUGAACCAGACAGUGGAGAGUGAAGGAUAUCUGAGGAGCUGCUUUUACUCCGGGAAUGUGGAUCAUGAUCGGAACUCGGUUGUGUCGGUCAGCUUGUGCUCGGGCAUCUUUGGCUCCUUCAUAACGGAGGGGAAAGAGUAUUUAAUUGAGCCCAAACUUCGAGGCGGUAUGGGGCCAGACUCUGGAGAGCAGCUGCAUGUCAUCAAGAGGAGGACAUUCACUAAAAGCCACGGUCUUCCCCUGCUGUUUGAUCACGCGGCAGCGGAGAGCCGAGCAGAUAAGCACAAUGGGGAAAGUUUUACGCACACCGACAGUGACGCACGGAGGGAACCUCGCCGGAGACGCUUUGUUUCCGCGCCACGGUUCAUAGAAACGCUGGUGGUGGCAGACUCAACCAUGACCCACUUCUAUGGAGAUGAAAUAAAGCACUACAUCCUAACCCUGAUGUCGAUGGCCGCCCAGCUGUACAAGCACCCGAGCAUAAAGAACUCGGUAAACAUCGUGUUGGUGAAGAUGCUGGUGGUGGAGGAUGAGGAGGUCGGCCCAGAGGUCUCCAGCAACGGAGGCGUGGCUCUGAGGAACUUCUGCUCCUGGCAGCAGCUCUUCAACCCGCCGAGCCAGAGACAUCCAGAGCACUAUGACACGGCCAUGCUCUUCACCAGAGAGGACAUCUGCGGACAGAGGAGCUGCGACACGUUGGGCGUGGCUGAUGUCGGGACGAUGUGUGACCCUAAGAGGAGCUGCUCAGUCAUUGAGGACAACGGACUGCAAGCUUCCUUCACAGCUGCACAUGAGCUCGGUCAUGUGUUGAGUAUGCCUCAUGAUGACUCCAAGACCUGCGAGAGGCUGUUUGGAGAUCUGGGAGGACAUUACCUGAUGGCUCCUCUGUUUGUCAGCCUCAACAAGACUGCACCUUGGUCUCCCUGCAGCGCUCUCUACGUCACAGAGUUCUUUGACAACGGACACGGGGACUGCCUGCUGGACGUCCCAGAGAGCGCCAUGUCGUUACCCAGAGAGCUGCCAGGCACCAAGUACAGCCUGGACCAGCAGUGCCAGCAGAUAUUUGGAGAGGAGUUCAUCCACUGUCCCAACACCUCAGACAGUGAUAUCUGCAGCCAGCUGUGGUGUCAGGAGGACGGAACAAUGCAGUGCUCCAGCAAGAACGGCAGCUUGCCGUGGGCCGACGGCACCGCCUGUGGCAUCAACAAGACCUGCCUCCACGGAGCGUGCAUGCCCACCCAGGAGGUGAUGCAGCCUCUGGUGGUUGUGGACGGUGGCUGGAGCGAAUGGGGAGCGUGGCAGCAGUGCUCCAGGACGUGUGGAGGAGGGGUGGAGUUCUCCUACAGGGAGUGCACCGACCCGGUGCCGCAGAAUGGAGGAAAAUACUGUGAGGGACAGCGGGUUCAGUACCAGUCCUGUAACGCACAACCCUGUGACAACAACCAAGGUAAGAGUUUCCGAGAGGAGCAGUGUGAGAAGUACAACAGCCCCAACUACCUGGACUUCAAUGGGAAUAUGAAACAGUGGAUACCAAAGUACGCCGGUGUUUCCCCCAGAGACCGAUGUAAGCUGUUCUGCAGAGCCAGAGGCAGCAGUGAAUUUAAAGUGUUUGAAUCCAAGGUGAUCGAUGGGACAACCUGUGGGCCUGACACCACAUCGGUGUGUGUCCAAGGUCAGUGUGUGAAGGCAGGAUGCGACCAGGUGAUCGGGUCCAACAAGAGAGUCGACAAGUGUGGAGUGUGUGGAGGAAGUGGACUCACCUGUAGAAAGAUCACAGGCUCCUACAACAAAGCAACCUAUGGUUACAGUGACAUUGUCACGAUUCCUGUUGGAGCGACUAACAUCGACAUCAAACAGCGGAGUAACAGGGAAAUCAAACAUGAUGGGAACUACCUGGCUAUAAAGAGAGAGGGCGGCGGUUAUAUCCUCAACGGUAACUUCUCGGUGUCUACGGUGGAGCAGGACAUUCCUGUGCUGGGUGCAGUGUUAAAGUACAGUGGCUCCUCCACCACACUGGAGAGAAUCCAGAGCUUCAGGCAGCUGAAGGAGGCCAUCACCAUCCAGAUCCUGGCUACAGCCGGGGACGCCAACCCCCCAAAGGUCAAAUACACCUUUUUCAUCCCCAAAGAUGUGUCCUUCAACAAAUCAAAGGAGAAGAAGUCUUUGCACAUGAUCCAACCGUUUGGCGUGCCUGACUGGGUGCUGGGCGAGUGGUCCGAGUGCUCCAAGAGCUGUGGCUCCGGGUGGUCCAGGAGAAACGUUGAAUGCAGAGACAGCGCGGGCUUCCUCUCCAGCCAGUGUGACAAAGACCUAAAGCCCAUAGACAUCAGGGCCUGUGGGGAUCUGCCAUGCCCCAUUUGGCAGAUGGGACCUUGGUCCGCCUGCUCACGAACUUGUGGUCAGGGCGAGCGCCGGCGCAGCGUCUUCUGCAUAGACUACACUGGGAAGACUGUUGAGUCAGAGAAGUGUGAUCCAAAGAAAAUGCCAGAACCGGUCUCUGGAGAAUGUCUCAACCAAGAGUGCUUAUGAGGGACAAGAGAACGGUGAACUUUGCCAUUUUGGUCUGAUUAAACUUACUCAACAUGGAUGGAUUACAGAAUGGACAGACUGGGCGCAGGUUAAGAGUCCAAGUGGGCAAAGGGUAUGGUAUGCAUAAAACGGCCUAACAACAUAAAGCAAACAACAAAAAACAGCGAGAAAGAGACACAGAGAUGAACACAAAGACAAAGGAAUUACAGAGAACAGAGUGACCACAAAGACAUUAAAAGUAGCAAAAAAGAGUUACAAAUGUCAGUGAUGAGAUUUAAUAUAACCACAAUGACACGUCCAACUAUCACAGAUGACACAAAGAGACCACAUAGAGACAAUAGCAACAAAAGAACAACAGAGAGAUAAAUACAUCAAUGUCACAAAAAGACAGAAAAAACUUGAGGUUGCUCUUGUGUCUCUGCGUUUCUGAGUUUUAAGUUCAACUGCAAAUGUGUUUGAACGUUUGUAGUCGUUUUGUGUUUCUUUCAGUUUGUGAAAAAAAAACUGCUUUUGGCCUUUAAAUUGUCUGUGCCCAGGGGCCCAUGACCACAUUAUCCAUCCAUGUUCAUUUGACGUUACUUCCCAGGCUCUUGCCUAAAUAUAGUUUCUUUUGUUGACAUUUUACAACCACUAUUGAGAACCGAAACAAAGGAAAUCUACCUCAGGAUGUACAUGUGAUGCUAUGUAAAGAUGCUACAUGAAGGUGCUGUGUGUGCGUGUUUUCUCCAGAAAGAGAAGUUUUCGAGUCCCACUUUAAACAGAAACUUUUGGUAUGAAGUCUGGUAUAAUCUGCAAUGAUUCUUUUUUAUUUCAGUUUUGCUGUCACUUAGAGUGGGGUUAGAACAAAGGCAUUAAACCUGCUGUCAAACACCAGCACAGUGUAAAUAUACCUCUGUAAGUGUCUUCCACAGAACUCAAACCCCCAUAAUGCUUUGAUCGAGCCUUUCAACUUUUACUGAGGUAGGUACAUACGAUCAAUGCAAUGGGACUUUUAACCUCUGGGAAAUGCGCUCCUGUUGGAUUUACUUCUUUUUUCUUUAUACAUCCCAAAUGAGAUGAGUGAUUAUCAUUUUGAUUAAGAUUGGAUUAUUAAACUUUGGGGAAACCAAUCGGCGACCUCGAAUCUGACCCAAUAUCUUUGGCUAAAAUGUGCCAGUUAGAAAACUUGGUUCCAUUUCUGAACCAGACGUGUAGUAUUUAUAGAAAGAGUUUGAGUUUACACGGUGUGUAAAAGGUUUAGUCUAGAUGAUGACGAGUCAUUUAUAACCAGAAAAACCUUCGACAGAGAAUUUCCCUCUACCUUGUGGUUGAACGUAGUGGGAACAGUUGAGGCAAUGAAUGCUUCUUUUGGAGAUAUUGUACAUGAAAUGAUAACCACAUUAUCAUCCAUAUGGAAAAUAGUAUUGAUUUUAUUCAAUUCCAAACUUGUAUUUGUAAAUGCAUCGUAUGCAAACACUCACAGUUGUUUCCAGACUCUCGUAUGUAUAUUUGAGUUCUUCAUUCCUGUUGUUAAUUUACAGUAUGCUAUCAAAACAAAACAGACUGAGCAUUAGGCUAAAUAUCCCUUCAGUGAAGGACCAUGCUAUUUUAUUAUAACAGCUUCCUUUUUAAGCUAUUUAUUUUUGUACAAUGUGUACCUUGUAUGUGUAAUUAACAUGGCAGAUGCUGUCUGAGAUUUUUUUUCAUAAAAAUGGUCAAAUAAACACAUUUAUGUCCAAACAUGA